AGUCAGGCGAGCAGAAGUCUACGAUUUACGAAUGGAUAUAGACAGACAUUUAAUAUAUUAGAACAUUAGUUUUAUUAUUCCUUUAUUUUUAAACACAAUGAUUUAAUAAUGUCCGAAAUAUCUCGGCAUGAAAACAUUGCUAGUAGAAGAUGAAUAAGCCAGAAAUAUCUCGAGAUGAGGACAUAUACCACGAAUUAUUAACGCUAAACGAAGCAGUGUUGAAUGAGGACGUUCCGUUAAGCGUUCGACUGAGUGGGGACAUUCCCAACAUAUCAAUCUGCGAGAACGCCGGCCUACAGGCUGGUGAGCAGAUUCAAGUGUUGGAACGCCGGACUCUCGACGUUGCUCGCGUUCGAGUAUUCGGCCAUGAGAGCGACGAUGGCUCAUAUUCGGCAGGGGAGGCUAAACCCAUAGGAGAAUUCUUUAUUCCGGCUAAGUUUCCGGGUAGACUUAUGCUUAUUCGAAAACCAUGCAGUCGGAAAAGUUUCUCUUGUGUAGCUGAGGUGAUUGAUGACAUGCCAAAAAGAAUUUGUGUGGAAGAAGACAUCAUGACAAUCCCACCACAAGAAUUUGGAAAGAAUACUUCCUUUAUCUCCAAAGGCACCAUUCUUGAAACAAUACGCGUUUUCACUUGCCUGCGUAACUUAGAAACCUAUAUACAGUGCCGUUUUGGUGAAAAGACAUAUUACUUGAAGAAAUCACUGCAAUUACAAUGCUCUGCAAUUGAUGAUGACACGAUGUACACUCUAACUGAUCUUCAAAAAUUAAAAGUUCAUCCGAUUUUCUUCAAAUUUGUGGCAUCUGAGUCGAGAGGUGUGGUUGAUGUCCAAAGGUAUGGGGUUAACUCCAAAAUGUAUUGCGUGAAAGAGCCGAUGGAGCUGUUAACCAUAUCACAGGCUGAUGUAUACAUUUGCCAGUACAAAACAGACAAACAACAGUUAUUAAUUGUCCCUGUUUUUCUCGGCGAUUUUCUAAGUAUACAAAUUGAUGGAUCUGAUGCUUUUACCACAAGAAAAGAGUAUUUGGACACAAUUUUAGACCACUGUCAACCAAAUCUUUUCGACGAUAGACUCUAUUUGCUUGACCACACCCUCUUGGAAGUUGUGCAUUUAAACAUUGCCAAUAAAGAAAUGCCUUUGUUACCCGCGAGAGUAAAUGUAAAACGACGGGGACUAAGGCAUAUUUUUCAUAAACAAAAUGGGAAAGAUCAGGAAAACAUUUCGACAAAACCCAUAGACCAUACAAAACAGCCAAGUGCAACGACGAGGCAUAUUUUUCAUAAACAACAUUGGAAAGAUCAGGAACACAUUUCGACCAAACCCAUAGACCAUACAAAACAGCUAAGUGCAACGACUCGACUCGUUGACUUGACAUUGUUGGAACCUGAUUGUUCGUCAUCAACAGCAGACAAGAGCGGUAUUAAAGUAAAUGAUGGAUACGAAAUACCGUCACCGAAACAGAAGAAACCUCCUCCUGUACAUGAAAUGUCAAAUGAUUCGCAAAACAGUGCUUGCUCACUUGGGAAUGACUGUUUACUUUCAACAUCAGACAAGGGUGGUAUUAAAAUUAUUGAUGGAUACGAAGUACCUUCACCGAAACAGAAGAAAACUCCUCCUGUACGUAAAAUGUCAAAUGAUUCGCAAAACAGGGAUUGCUCACCUGGGAAUGACUGUUCACUUUCAUCAUCAGACAAGGGUGAUAUUAAAAAUAAUGAUGGAUACGACGUACCUCCCCCUAAACAAAAACAACCAGAGAAAUCGUAUACCAAAUAUUGUGAAGAAAACACAUCUGAUUCCACCGAAAAACAACAAAUAACUAAUUGUGAAUCAGAUGUUGUUUACCCCAAAACACACCAAAGGCAAAGGGAAAAUAAUUACAUUCAUCCUGUACACAAUGACUUGUUAGCUACAGGAUCUUCAUGUGGACACGUCAGUGUCUUAUCUUCAAAUAGAGGCGAUAUGAAUACCAACAAUACACUAGAAAUGCAUGGGGUUAACCUUUCACAACAACCGAAACCAUCGACGAACACAUCUUUAUCGAAAAACCAACAUAUAUCUACCGCUAUUGCAGGCGAGUAUGUAGAAAUGGCUGUACCAACAGAUGUUCCCGUACUGCCAGUUAAAACUAACCGUAUAUACGACGUUCCGCGAGCGACACCCAUGCUGACAUCGAAAGCUGUUCCUCUUCUACCACAACUGCGGGAACCAAAAACGAAAUUUUCAGAAGAAAAAAUACCCCGUUCCAUCGUCGACCAACAGCAAAUUCACAUUGUCCCAAUCGCAUAUGAAGUCAUGUCCCUACCGGCAGAUAGUUCCUUAUUGCCAUUUGAAAGUGACAUAACGCGCGAUGACAACUACGAUGUCCCUCGAUCAAAACCUAUUUUGCCAUUGAAAACAAGAAAAGCAUGUGCAGAAACUCAUUAUAUUCCUUCUAGUGGUCAGAGGACAAAUACUUUCUAAGGACGGUUCGGUCAAACGAAGUGCAAUAUCAAUAAAAUAAAGCAUUUUGAACUCAUGAAGAUGAGGACAAGUUUUUAACACGAUCAUAUGGAAAUACCUAACUCAAAAUAUACGAAAUGAAUAGUCGCAUACUCCUUUAAUACAAGACCAAUACUCGCAGCCUCGCUCUGCAAUUGACCUCCCUAAAUAUAACUUUGGAAAAACGAAACCAGUUCAGGAACAAACACUUAAUCUGUAAUGGUUACCUGCUCGUUCAACAAUGAAAACUUCGUGCCGGAUCGAAAAAAAAUCUGGCGUAGCAUAACUGUUAAUUGUUGAUAAAAUUACGGAUUGUUUAUAUUUUUCAUGGACCUGUUUAUAGGUCUGUGAUAGUUUUAACAAUUAAUAACAUAUUGUUUAAUCUGUUUUUCCGUUCGAAAUAGUUACUUCUGCCUGGGAGUAGGAUUAUUUUUGUUAAUCUUUUUCUGUUCGAAAUAGUUAUUUCUGCCUGGGAGUAGGAUUAUUUUUGUUAUUGGUCCAAGCUUCUGCUGAAAACAAAAUACCUAAAAGUAAACUGUAUAUAAAUUAGAUGUUGUUGAUCAUUACCUAAUCGGUUUUGACACUCUAGAGACAAAACAACAUAACUUCAAUGUAAUUCUUUAUUUUAAAAAUAGUUAUAUAAAUGCCAUUGUGAUAACAAUGACGUCUCUUAGUUGUGCAAAUAGUUUCCUUUAACCAUAAAAGUACCAUAUUUAUAAAUACAUGGAAAUAAAACUUGGUAUGUACCUUCUCGGAGUAAAUACACAGAUGUUUAGCAAAAAACAUAACUCUGCCAUUACUAUUAUAUCGAUUAAAAACGUUUGUGUAAAAGCUAAACUUUUUUCGACCUAUGCAAUCAUUUUGAGAAAAAUGCAUAAACGCAUGUACAUGUUUUGACACAUAUAUAUUGUCUUCUACUUCAAGUUUUGGAAUAAGCUAUUUUAUCUACAUUUGUAUUGAGUUUCAAAGUUGAACAUAACACCAAUAGAUGAUAAGGAAAAUUAAACAAAGUUAUUAAAGUGACGGUCAUCUCUCAUUACCAUUGUUUAAACAAAAUUUAAGUGGCGGAAUUUUCCCACCUGGAUUAUGUGGCCACCUGUCUUCAACAGUCUGUUUUCCGAAUGCAUAGCUCCUAUAUUGUCUUUAUAAGUAACAGCUUUAUUGGAUAUAUAAUUUGAUUAUUUCUUACGGCGAUAUCUUUAUGUUUUAUAGGAAUUUGUAUGGGCAUACAUUUUUGAAAUACAUGUCACCAGCUUUUAACAACUGUACAUGCAAAUACAUGCGAUAUCUAGGAAAUAAAACUCCCAUGAUCUUU